UGGCUGGGGCUGGACCCGCACCCGGACCCACGCGGCGCCCGCCCGCCCGCCCGACGCCGGCGGCACCAUGCCCUUUGACUUCAGGCGGUUUGACAUCUACAGGAAGGUUCCCAAGGACCUGACCCAGCCAACAUACAGCGGGGCAAUCAUCUCCAUCUGCUGCUGCCUCUUCAUCCUCUUCCUCUUCCUGUCGGAACUCACCGGGUUCAUAACGACUGAAGUUGUCAACGAGCUGUACGUCGAUGACCCAGACAAGGACAGCGGGGGCAAGAUUGACGUCACCCUCAAUGUCAGUCUGCCCAAUCUGCACUGCGAGCUGGUGGGGCUGGACAUCCAGGAUGAGAUGGGUCGGCAUGAGGUGGGCCAUAUCGACAACUCCAUGAAGAUCCCACUCAACAGCGGGGCUGGCUGCCGCUUCGAGGGCCAGUUCAGCAUCAAUAAGGUUCCUGGCAACUUCCACGUGUCCACGCACAGCGCCACAGCCCAACCCCAGAAUCCAGACAUGACCCACGUCAUCCACAAGCUCUCUUUUGGGGACACGCUGCAGGUCCAGAACGUCCACGGCGCUUUCAAUGCUCUUGGGGGAGCAGACCGACUCACCUCCAACCCCCUUGCCUCCCACGACUACAUCCUGAAGAUUGUGCCUACAGUUUAUGAGGACAUGAGCGGGCGCCAGCGCUUCUCCUACCAGUACACGGUGGCCAACAAGGAGUAUGUCGCCUACAGCCACACUGGCCGUAUCAUUCCCGCUAUCUGGUUCCGCUAUGACCUCAGCCCCAUCACGGUCAAGUACACAGAGAGGCGGCAGCCGCUAUAUCGGUUCAUCACCACGAUCUGUGCCAUUAUUGGCGGGACCUUCACCGUUGCUGGUAUCCUGGACUCGUGCAUCUUCACGGCCUCUGAGGCCUGGAAGAAGAUCCAGUUGGGGAAGAUGCACUGACUUCCCCAGGAGACUGUGGAGCCCUCUUCCUCCUUUCCGGCCUCUCGGGUCAGAUCUGGCUGUGCCCCAAAGAGGGAGUGGGGUGCAGUGAGGCGGGAAACCCAGCUCAAGGUCUCCCGGCUACUUCUCAGCCCCACAUUCUGUCUCAUCUACUCAGUCACUGCCAGAGGUUCUGGUGCCCUUUUUACUGGAAACUGGGGUUGUCUCCUGACCAGAGUUUGGCAGAUGGGGCCUUGAGGACAUUGGGGGCCACUCUGGGAGCACAGUUGGCCUCACCCCUUCCCUCCCAGGGGACCAGCCCAGAAUCCCUGUGGACCAGCUCUCGGCUCUGACAAUCUUGCAGCCCUACCCCCACCAGUUGGGUGCACAAACCCCCUUGCUUUCUCCCACCCUUUGGCCCACCACCCCACUGACCAGACCCCUCCACUCUGGGCCAGGCUCCCCAAGGUACUUGGCAGCCCCUUCAACCAUAAUGGUACUUGCCGAGCCAGAUGUGCUGCCACUUCCUGUCCUGCCCUCCCCUCCCCUCUCCUUGCUGGAAGCAGCUGCCCAGAUUGUUGGGCAGUAGUGGGGGACAUUCAAGUCUGUCUAGCAAUCACUGGGCAAAUCUGGGGCGUAUCUCUUCCCCUUUUUCCUCUGAGUCCCCGGUCCCCUCCCACCAAUGUGCCUCAGCCCCCAGCCGCUUUGGUGGAAGGGCCAAUGUGGCCUUCCAUGGAGACCCAAACGUGAUUUGUGCACUUCCUUCCUGGGCCCAAACCCCCUUCUCUGCGUGAGCCCUGGGAGAAGCAGAGUUGACUCACCCUGCCCUGUUAUCCCUUUGGGAUUUGCACCAUGGGACUCCCCCUCUGCCAACCCAGUGGUAUCCCGCUACUUUUCCCAAGUAUCUGCAGAUGCCUCGGUGGGACCCUCCCUUGCUUUACCCUUUCUGCCUUGGUUUUGAAGGGAGGGGCAGGGGCCCCAGGCGUGAACCCCACCCCGGGAAUGUGAGCAAUGCCCUCCGCCUGGCCAGGCCGUUUUUCAUCUCUAGCCAGAUUGUUGGCAUACUUCUGUAAUUCAGGCUGGGUCUCUUUUGUGUGUGGUUGUCCAGGCAGCCCAUGUCUCUGCCAUUCAUCAUUUCUCUGGCUCCAGAUUCCAGUGAGAGAAGGCCCCCCUUCUGCAUCUGAGUGGCCUGAUGACGCGGAUGACAACUGUGUCUGGUUAUUUUUGGGGUAUACAACAUUUGGAUGGAUUGGUUUUGUCAUUCUGUUCCCAAGGCAUCCCUGGGGUGAGUUCACGCCCCUAGAGGAGGUGGGACAGGAUGUGUGGCAUGUGCCGAAGACUUCAAAUUCCACUUGAUGCAUAUUUUUAAACCUCUGAGGACAUAAGGGGAUGUCACUUUCUUAUGGCAGAGACCCCCCCUCCCACCCCCACUAUCCCAACACUCAAGCUCUCGAGUGGGAAGAAAGGUCUUUGUUUUUUCCCUAUGCCUUUGAGUUCGAAUAGAUUAAAAAGUUGAUUUUCAGAAA